CCACUUCCACUUCACAAGUUUCAACAUUGAGAGAGCUCAGAGAUUGUGUGCAACACUAUCUCAACUUUUCAAUGGAGGACAAGGGAGAGAAGAAGAAGGAGAACAAGAUAGAGCCUAUAAAUUACAAUGAUGCUGACGAUCUUAAAAAAUCACUUCAAGAACUGAAGGAGUUGCGUUCACAACUUCACAAUGCAGCAGACCAUUGUGAGACUUUGUUUCUGAAAGCUAAGCAGAAGAAAAUAGUUAUGGAGAACACAAAGAGCUAUUUAUGUCAGGCCAUUGUUACGGUCAUCGAUCAUUUGGGGACUGUGUCAUCGAAAUUGGAGCAGAGAAUGUUAACUGCAAUACACUUGGAUAUAUUACCAGCACAUUCCACAAGUCUCUAA